AUGCCCCGGUCAGAUAAUGAUACGCUUAGGAAUGGGCCCGCCUAUGAUCCUGACCAAGAUCCCGAAGAGAAACGCGCUAUCAGGCGGAACUAUCGUAAUUUAACCAAGGGAGAAGAUGGCGCUGCGCUCAAUUUAAACGACUACACUGCGCAAGAACUGGUCGACAAGGUUCAACGCGCCGAUUCUUUGUUUUAUCGAGCAGUCGCGGCACCGCAGGAAGCUACCCUGGACUCUGCGUUCCUGGUCAUGGCAUCGAAUAUGGGUGCUACAAAAGCACGCGCUAUGAAGUCUGGCUCGGGCGCCUUUGACAUGGACGACUUCAUUUCCAAAUUGAUCACAUUCAUGGGUGGCCGAAGAGGAGAUCAACUCUCGGACGAAUCUGAAAUGGAUGAUGAUCAUGCUGGACACCGUCUGGACUGGGAGAAAAUAGGCCGGAAGGCCUUGGCGAAGAGUCGACGCGUCCCAACGAUAGAUUUCAUGCUUGGUCCACUCGAAGUCGAGCAAAAGAAGCGGAACGUUGGUAAACGCGCGAAGCUAGAGAAGAACAAAGAAGAUGAGAGAAAACCUCAGGAACUUCAAGAAGAUGAUAUCAUCAGGGCUGAGAAUGAGACGACAAAGAAUGUCAUUGCGAUUCAAACUCUACUCGAGGGAAUGGGCGAGGCAGUAAACUUGUUUAGAUUUGUGGUAAAUCCACACGAUUUCGCUCAAUCAGUGGAGAACAUAUUUUAUCUGUCCUUCUUGAUACGCGACGGCGUGUGUGCUUUAGAGAUUCAGGAAAACGGCGAACCUAUGAUAUUCAUAUGCGAAGCUCCAGGAGAUCAGGACUACCAGCAAGGCCUGAGAAAGCAGCAAAUGGUCAUGUCUUUCGAUAUGGAGACUUGGGAGCGCGCAAUUGAAGUGUUUAAUAUCCAGGAACCUAUCAUUCCGCAACGGCCAAAACAGCAGGCACAAAUGAGUGAUGGCAGGAAGUGGGUGUUUUGA